GGCAUACCAUGGACAAAGGUGGACUACUUUGAUAAUGGCAUUAUCUGCAACCUCAUUGAGCAUAAUCAGCGAGGCAUCCUGGCCAUGCUGGACGAGGAGUGCCUACGGCCUGGGGUGGUCAGUGACACCACCUUCCUAGCGAAGCUGAACCAGCUCUUCUCCAAGCACAAUCACUAUGAGAGCAAAGUCACCCAGAAUGCCCAGCACCAGUAUGACCACACCAUGGGCCUCAGCAGCUUCCGUAUCUGCCACUAUGCGGGCAAGGUGACUUACAACGUGAACAGCUUCAUUGAUAAGAACAAUGACCUACUCUUCCGGGACUUGUCCCAGGCCAUGUGGAAGGCCCGGCACCCCCUCCUUCGGUCCUUGUUCCCUGAGGGAGAUCCCAAGCAGGCAUCUCUCAAACGCCCCCCGACUGCUGGGGCUCAGUUCAAGAGUUCUGUGGCCAUACUCAUGAAGAACCUGUAUUCCAAAAACCCCAACUACAUCAGGUGUAUAAAGCCCAAUGAGCAUCAGCAGCGAGGUCAGUUCUCGUCGGAGCUGGUGGCCAUCCAGACUCGGUACCUGGGACUGCUAGAGAACGUGCGGGUGCGACGGGCGGGCUAUGCCUACCGCCAGAGGUACGGGCCCUUCCUGGAAAGGUACCAAUUGCUAAGCCGGAGCACGUGGCCUCGCUGGAAUGGGGGAGACCGGGAGGGGGUCAAGAAGGUUGUGGAGGAGCUGAGCUUGUCCUCAGAGGAGCUGGUCUUCGGGAAGACGAAGAUCUUCAUCAGAAGCCCCAGGACUCUGUUCCACCUGGAAGAGCAGCGGCGCCUGAGACUGCAGCAGCUGGCCACGCUCAUACAGAAGACCUACCGGGGCUGGCGCUGCCGCACCCACUACCAGCUGAUGCGCAAGAGCCAGAUCGUCAUCUCCGCCUGGUUUCGGGGCAACGUGCAAAAGAAACGUUAUGGGAAGAUAAAGGCGUCAGCAUUGCUGAUCCAGGCUUUUGUGCGAGGGUGGAAGGCCCGCAAGGAUUAUCGAAAGUACUUCCGGUCAGCAGCUGCCCUCACCUUGGCAAAUUUCAUCUACAAGAGCAUAACACAGAAGUUCCUGCUGGGGCUGAAGGACAGUUUGCCGUCUACCAACAUCCUGGACAAAACGUGGCCGGCCGCACCUUACAGAUGCUUCCACACAGCUAACCAGGAGCUGCAGCAGCUCUUCUACCGCUGGAAGUGCAAGAAAUUCCGGGAUCAGCUGUCCCCGAAGCAGGUAGAGAUCCUGAAGGAGAAGCUCUGUGCCAGCGAACUGUUCAAGGGCAAGAAGGCUUCCUACCCCCAGAGUGUUCCCAUCCCAUUCCACGGUGACUACAUUGGGCUGCAAGGGAACCCCAAGCUGCAGAAGCUGACGGGUGGUCUGGAAGGGCCUGUUCUGGUGGCAGAGACCGUGAAGAAGGUCAAUCGUGGCAACGGCAAGACUUCCUCUCGAAUUCUUCUCUUGACCAAAGGGCAUGUGAUUCUUGUAGACACCAAGAAGUCCCAGGCCAAAACUGUCAUUGGGCUGGACAGUGUGGCCGGGGUGUCAGUCACCGGCUUCAAGGAUGGGCUUUUCAGCUUACAUCUGAGUGAGAUAUCAUCAGUGGGCUCCAAGGGGGACUUCCUGCUGGUCAGCGAACAUGUGAUUGAACUGCUAACCAAAAUGUACCGGGCUGUGCUGGAUGCCACACAGAAGCAGCUUCCAGUCACCGUGACUGAGAAUUUCUCAGUGAGGUUCAAGGAGAGCAGUGUGGCUGUCAAGGUCAUCCAGGGCCCUGAGGGUGGUAGAAAUGGCAAGCUAAGUUGCAAGAAGAAAGGAAGCCGUGGCCUGGAAGUGACUGUAUAGUGAGGAGGUGGGGGCCGAACGCAGGGACAACAGCUUCUUCUCCGGGACCAGUGCCCACCGGCGUUUGUGGAAGGAUCUCCUGUCCAACCCCUCUGAUCCUGGGGAUGGGGCUCAGAGACUGAAGAACCCUUGAAGAGGACCUUUCUUCUCUCAAACUCUUCCAGUCCCCUCUCCCUUAGAACUUAGCUUCCUCCCAACCCUCAGCCUCUUUGCCCACUAAUAAAACAAGUGACUUCCCAAACAUUCGCUCAGUGUGGGUGAGUCCCUA